AUGGCAUACAAACUCUCUGUUGAAGUCUUCGGCGACGGCGAAAACCCAAACGACCCAUCCCAUUGGGGCUUCACCAUCAACAAGCCCCCGAACCCAUACGGCGACCUGCUGCAUGUGCGCACGCUCGACGCCAAGGGAAUGUUUUUCCAAUUCGAACCGAGGCUGAGAACGAGGCUCAAUACGCAACAGGCACUAGGGCUCUGUGUGAUCUCGACGCUGACGGAUCAGCAGCGGCAGCGGGCGACUCAGAUCGUGGCGAACGAGGAGGCGCCGAAGGAUGGGAAGAGGAAUUGUCAGGAUUGGGUGCUGAGCACGUUGAUUGCGCUGGAGAUUGAGGAGCUGGUUGCCCCUGGGACGGCGGAGUUCUGGAAGGAGAUGAUUGGGAAGCCGGCGAGAUAUGUGAGGGGGGCUGUUGGGGCGAAUUGGAUAGCGUUGAGGAAGUUUUGA